AGUCACCUCGCUCUCGACCAAUCAGGAGCCGCGUAGCCGACAAGAGGAACUUCCUUUCCUGCUGAAGAAAUCUCCGAGUGGCAUCGUUCCGCGUUAACUCUACGAUAGCUUCAAGAUGUCCGGAGGGCUGGAUGCAUUGGCCCUCAAAGAGGACGAUGUUACAAAGAUGUUGGCCGCGUGCACCCAUCUAGGCAGUGAGAAUGUCAAUUUCCAGAUGGAACAAUAUGUGUACAAGCGCCGCGUCGAGGGAGCGGCUGUAAAUAUCAUCAACUUGCGUCGGACUUGGGAAAAGCUGCUGCUCGCUGCGCGUGCCAUCGUGGCAAUCGAACACCCCAGCGAGGUGUUCGUCAUCAGCGGUAGACCUUACAGUCAAAGGGCUGUAUUAAAGUUCGCGACACACACAGGAGCUACGCCUAUCGCCGGUCGGUUCACGCCUGGUGCAUUCACCAAUCAGAUUCAGGCUGCCUUCCGUGAACCUCGCCUGCUUGUCGUGACUGACCCAGUAACCGAUCAUCAACCGAUCACCGAAGCCAGUUAUGUUAAUAUACCUGUUAUUGCAUUCUGCAAUACCGACUCUCCGCUUCGGUUUGUUGAUAUUGCUAUUCCAUGCAAUAUCAAAAGUCCCCACAGCGUUGGUCUCAUGUGGUGGCUCUUGGCACGCGAAGUACUGCGUCUUCGAGGUGUCAUACAAAGGGAAACCAAGUGGGAUGUUGUCGUAGACCUCUUCUUCUACAGAGAUCCUGAAGAGGCUGAAAAGGAAGAGCAGACGGCCAAGGAGAUCGCGCCUCCGCCAAAGGAGUUUACACCGGCAGAGCCUACACCAGCUGCUGAACCCAACUGGGCAAAUGAAGUACCAGCUGCUGCACCAGCUGAAAAUUGGGCCGAUGAAAUUGCAACUCCAGCUGCACCUGUGGUUCCUCCGCCUGCAGCAGCAGUGCCGCCUGCUACCUUCGCAACCAAUGGAGAUUGGUCGGCUCAUGUACAAGAGGAAUGGUCAAGUACGCCAGCCACUACCACUGCUCCAACCUGGGGAGGUGCUGCCAACGGCGAGUGGCAAUGAACCGUCAAAUUUGUUCGGGCCGCGGGUCGCUUGCCGGAGGAUUCCGCUGAACAGAGAUAACGGGCACGGAAGCGAAAACCAGGAAAAGAAAAAGAUGGAAAAAAAUAAAGAAGAUAGAAGAAAGUGAAGAAAAGCCAAACGAGAAAUCAGGAGAGACCCUCUGGGAAGCAACCCGCGCUCCACACGUCAGAAUCGCCCGAAUUAUAAUCCUUGCAUUAUUGUAACUUGUCAAAAAUAUAAAUAUAUAUAUAUGUAUGUAUGUAUAUAUUUAUAUGUACCGCCUCGGGUUCUAUAGCCAGCCCUACUGUUGGUUCGCUUUGUGCUGCGUCGAGAGGAGAGGAAAAAAAAAGAAAUAAGAAAAGCAGAACGGGAGUUAACCGAAAAGGCCCGACUCCCUGAUUCUCGAAUCUAGGCGAGAAUUCUCGCACGCUCGAUUCCCGGAACUCUUCGCACGAUUCCUGGAAAAGAGGAAGAAAUCGAAAACUCUUCUCAAUAACGAUUCCAGUCGGCAGAAACCAACUAAUGGGCCAGCACAGACAUAAACGAUUUUUAACCUGCACGAGAAAUCCGGCG